AUGCCGGCUCCUCCACCAUUUGUUGUAAACACUGACCCCAAGCGCGUGGCAGAAUCACAGACAUCAUUGAUCAUAGGAGUCAUUACUGCCAUCAACUUUGUCUCGCUCGUUGUCGUCGCUGCAAGGACCUAUACUCGCUUGGUUAUUUCCAAGUCCCCGGGUGCCCAAGAUGCACUUAUGGUCUUGAGUGCUUGUACUGGGCUGGCGGGCACCAUCAUCCUCUAUCUCCAGAUCCCACACGGUCUGGGUAAACAUGCCGAUACGAUCGAACGAGCCGACUUUACCAAGUUUAGCAGAUACAGCUUUAUAGUCACAGUAGUCCCCCUUCUCGGAGGAAUCGGCUUUCUGAAAAUGGCAAUCGCCCUCGAACUCAUCAAAUACAAUGGUAAUUCAUGGAAGUGGUACAGGAUUACCCUCCAGUGCAUGAUUGCGUUCGUGGUUGCAUAUACAGUCGAGGCGUGGCUUUCGUUCAUUCUUUUCUGUAGUCCAGUCGCAAAGCAAUGGGAUCGGUCACUAGAAGGAUCCUGUUAUCCUAUUUCGAUGUUUAUCGCAUUCGGUCUCGCUAAUUCCGCCUUCAAUAUCUUUACUGAUAUUGCCUUUGCUACGUUGCCUAUCCCACUUAUCUGGUCCUUAAAGAUGCCUCUCAAGACUCGAAUCUACCUCAUUGUUGUUCUGAGCCUGGGAUAUGUUGCUGCUGCGAUGGGUUUAGUGAAAGCUGUCUCCCAGAUGAAAUACAAUCCGGCAGGCGAUAACACAUACCUUUACGAUAUUCAAUUUUGGGGCCUUCUCCAACUCAACGUCGGCACCAUCGCUGCUUGCGUACCAUCUCUUAGGCCGUUGGUGAAGGACAUCCUGCGACUGAAGACGCUGACCCCUGCGUACGGUUACUCAAACUAUGGACAACGUCAACACAGCCUGCCGCUUUCUACGAUUGAGGGAACAGCUACUCCUUCUAGCUCAAGACAAGGAGACCAAGUAGUGCAAUCCAAGUGUGGACAUGAUCCAAAGAAUGCGAUUUACGUCGAAACGGUUUUUGAACUCAAAAACAGUAGCCAGGUCGCUAUUCUAGAUACAGAUGGCACAGAGAGACUGAAUGUUUAA